UGUCGCAGGAGCCAGGCGUGGAUUGGUGUGUGGGUACGUCGGCCUCUCUUCAUAGGCCGUGCAGGAUUGCUCGAGAGGCUUUGAUUGGCUCAACAGGCGCUGAGCGUUCAUUGGCUGCGCCGGGUCGUCAGGGCGACGAAAAAGGGGACGGGGUGCCGGGCCUGGCGGGCAAACUAAGGCUGCGGACUGUUGGGCGGCUCCUCGGGGCGAUGCCCGGAGAGCUGCAAGCCGGGGUUCCCAGGGUUCACGCCACACUCUACGAAGUGCCUGAGCUAGUGAGAUGCCCAACGACCUACGCGGGCUGGGACCAUGGGCUGCUGCUUCUCCAAGAGACGGAAGGCUGACAAGGAGUCGCGGCCCGAGAACGAGGAGGAGCGGCCAAAGCAGAAUAGCUGGUAUCAGCGCGAGAAGGUUGAUCCAAAAUACUACAUGUUCAGUGGACUGAAGGAUGAAACAGUAGGUCGCUUACCUGGGACAGUAGCAGGACAACAGUUUUUCAUUCAAGACUGUGAGAACUCUAACAUCUAUAUUUUUGAUCACUCUGCUACAGUUACCAUUGAUGACUGUACUAACUGCAUAAUUUUUCUGGGACCCAUGAAAGGCAGUGUGUUUUUCCGGAAUUGCAGCGAUUCCAAGUGCACAUUAGCCUGCCAACAAUUUCGUAUGCGUGAUUGUAGAAAUCUGGAAGUCUUUUUGUGUUGUGCCACUCAACCCAUCAUUGAGUCUUCCUCAAAUAUCAAAUUUGGAUGUUUUCAAUGGUACUAUCCUGAAUUAGCUUUCCAGUUCAAAGAAGCAGGGCUCAGUAUCUUCAACAAUACAUGGAGUAACAUUCAUGACUUUACACCUGUGUCAGGAGAACUCAACUGGAGCCUUCUUCCAGAAGAUGCUGUGGUUCAGGACUAUGUUCCUAUACCUACUACUGAAGAGCUCAAAGCUGUUCGUGUUUCCACAGAAGCCAAUAGAAGCAUUGUUCCAAUAUCCCGGGGUCAGAGACAGAAGAGCAGUGAUGAAUCAUGCUUAGUGAUAUUAUUUGCUGGUGAUUACACUAUUGCAAAUGCCAGGAAACUAAUUGAUGAGAUGGUUGGUAAAGGCUUUUUCCUAGUUCAGACAAAGGAAGUGUCCAUGAAAGCUGAGGAUGCUCAAUGGGUUUUUCGGGAAAAAGCACCUGACUUCCUUCCUCUUCUGAACAAAGGCCCUGUUACUGCCUUGGAGUUUAAUGGAGAUGGUGCUGUAGAAGGAUGUCAACUUAUUGUAAAUGAGAUAUUCAAUGGGACCAAGAUGUUUGUAUCUGAAAGCAAGGGGACGGCAUCUGGAGAUGUAGACAGCUUCUACAAAUUUGCUAAUACACAGAUGGGAAUAUGAAGUGCAAUGUGGAACCAGGACUUGGUAUUAAGCCUUUCCCAACUUGUGAAUAUAGAAUUUGAUAAUAUACUCUUGUGUAUUAGCAAUGGUUUUUACUAAUGCUAAAACUGUUAAAGUUUAUUUUUUAAUAAAUUGUUGACUAUUACAUCAUUUACUUGAGGUUCAAAAAUAAUUCAUUUUAAAUUAAGUAGUUUUAAUCAGCGUAAAAGCUAUUUAACCCAUUUUAAUAAGCUUGUAGUUUUGUUUUUCUGCAUAUGAUAUUCUUAUUAGAAAACAGAAAUAGCUAACAGUUUAUUAUUUUAAUCUUAUUUAAAUGUUCUUUCAAAUCUCUAAUAAUUUAAACUUUCCUCAGUGCUCCAUGAUACUGUUUUUGAGACUCCAUAUCAUUGCUUAUUUUACCUUUUUCAAUUUAGAGGGAUUUGUUACUAGUCGAUCAAUUAGAAUGAACCUAUGCACAUUUUUAUGUACACAUAUCCAGUUAUAUAAUUGCUUCCUAGUUGCAUUAUAUGGCAAAUGAGAUUUUGUACAUGGAGUUGACAUAAUACUUUGUAAAUUGAAUUUUUUAAAGAAAUAGGCAUUUGAUAACCAGCUUGGCAAGUAACUCUACUAACAGAUGUUGGUAUAGCUAUUUAAAGACUACUUCGUAAGUAGUAUGAUUAUUUGAAUAAAUUACACAUUGUUUAGUUUUUUAAUGCAACUGCUAUAUGACUCUUCUGGGUCCUGAUAGGAAAAGGUAUAUGCAAUGCUAAAACUGUAGAAACCCAAUCACCAGCAGUUUUUAAAAAGGUGAUAACUUUUAUUAGCUCUUGUGGACGAUCAAGAGAAUUAGAACAAAACCUUGUGACUUUUAGGUCAGAAAUAGGCAUGAUGAUAAGCUAUGCAGAUUAUUAAAAAGCUUGUUACAUUUGAUUUUUCAUUAGAUAUGCCAUUCAUAUCAAGUAAUGUUCAAGUAUGAUAAAAUUAUUUUGGUUGCUUUAAAGCACUGUUUUCCAAAUCUAUCUGAUCAUAAUAAUUUACCAGGAAGCAGACGAGAGCUACUUGUUUAAAAAUCCACAUUCUUGGACCCAAUCCUCAGAUGCACGGAUUCAGUCUUCAGGGGAAACUCUGUUUUAAGGGUUAUCUUGUAAUCUAAAGUAAUUGGUUCAGGAGGUGUCAAUAGGUUGAACUUGUGAGAAGGCACUGAAUCUGCCAUCCAUAUCACAUAUAGCAGCUAUUAUGAAAUCAGCUUUCAUAGGCCUAUUUUUAAAAGGAAUCUGAAAUUUAAUUCUAUUUUGAUAAAACUAAGAUUGAAAAUAACCACUUGUAAACAUUCCUAUGAUUGUUACUAAAAUGUAUUUUCAUGUUUAAAAUGUUUUUGGAUAUUUUGGGGUUAAUAACUACUACACUGAAUUGCAUGUUAAGGUGCAGAAAUAAUACAUUAAAAGAUUUUCACUUUAAAUUAAUUAGUAAUAUUGAGCGCUCACCCUGUGCGUGGCCUUGUGCUAACCAUUAGCACUGCAUCAUUUCAAUUCUUUUAUAAGGGCAUUCAAUACUACAAAAUCAAUAUGAUUUCAUAAGAUGCAAAUAAAAGUUGGUGACAGAUUUAAUAUAAUUUUGAUCACAAUUUACAAAUGAUCUUUGCAAAUAGUGGUCAGAGGGCAUUAGUUUUUCCCUUAGUUAAGCUAAAUUAAAGGGACUCCAUCCUGUUAUGAUUAUAUUAUUAUUUUUGAGAUGGAGUUUCACUCUUCUUCCCCAGGCUGGGGUGUAAUGGUGUGAUCUCGGCUCACCACAACAUCCACCUCCUGGGUUCAAGCGAUUCUCCUGCCUCAGCCUCCUGAGUAGCUGGGAAUACAGGCAUGCGCCACUACGCCUGGCUAAUUUUUGUAUUUUUAGUUGAGAUGGGGUUUCUCCAUGUUGGUCAGGCUGGUCUCGAACUCCUGACCUCAGGUGAUCCGUCCACCUCGGCCUCCCUAAGUGCUGGGAUUACAGUGUGAGCUACCGCGCCCGGCCAUGAUAAUAUUAUUAAACACCAUUAUUGACAUUUAAAAUAAUAACAAUACUUUUUGUUUUUCAAAAAUAAAAUGCAAUGUUAUAUAAAGCUAUAAACUGAGUUCUUUAUGAUAUUUGAGCAACAACUCAGGAAUAUAACAUAUAAGGGAGAUGUUAAUUUAAAAUUUUCCACUACACUUAUUAUCUAUUAAUCAAAGCUUAAAAUUUUGUAUUCUUCAGUUAGAUAAGACCUUUUACCCAUUUAAUUUGUCUUUAAGGACAGUCAUUUGGCUUCUGAAUGUUUGAAACGAUUUUUAAAAAUAAGUAGUGCUAUGGUGGUUGUUUCUAUAAUUCUAACCUUUGAUAGUAAUCACAAUGUAUUUCAUUUCUGAAUAGCUUUUGAAUUUAUGAAAAAUUAUUAACAAUGAAAAACUGGUAAUUUUAUUAAGUUAUAUUGUUUAAAUAUUAUAUUAGCUUAUUUCUCUUGCAUUAAUAGUACUGCUGUUUUUGUUUUGCUUCGUUAUAUUUAUGUCUAGCUUUUAUAUGUAAUUUAUCUAGUGUUUAUAAAAUGUGAUUUGUAAUAAGUGUUGUUAAAAUGAAAAUGACUGCAAUGGUU